AUGAGGUCUUUAUGCAAGUCUCGAAUAUUAGAAUCUAGUUAUCUCAUGAGCAUGAAUGAACAUUAUGGUAGCAGUGACGGGGCCUAUGUUGGCUUUGUUUCUGCUGGUUGUGGCGCCACUGUUGGCUUUGUUUUUAUUGGUUGUGCAUCAUGGUUAUUAUGCAUGACACCGAUAUAUGAGAUAUGGUGGUGGGUCUCAACCAUCGAGAAUGGAGAUUCUCCGGGUAUUAUUGUAGAAAUUCGGAAAUUACCAGCAACCCCAAUUUAUGCAGAUGCUUUUGCCUCCCGUUUUGUUAAUAAUAAGGAAGAAAUUUACUACAGCACAGGCGUGGUUAACAAGUCCACUAUAACUAGGCUUGAUGUGACCCCACAAGGGGUCGCAGAACGGUAUAUCUGGCUUGAUGAGUCUCGCGUGUGGGACAGAUUCUGGUACAUCCCAAGCGGCCAAUGCGAUGGGUAUGCUGCUUGUGGCCCAUAUGGUUCGUGUGAUCCAAAUGGUUCUCCAAUGUGCAGUUGCUUGCAAGGGUUUGAGCCUAAAUCACCAGCAAAUUGGGCUUUAAGAUAUGCUUCUGAUGGGUGUGUUAGAAAGACGAAACUGGAUUGUAGGAAUGGGACUGAUGGAUUUGUGACUGUUCCCCGAACGCUUUUGCCAGACACAGUGACCGCGACUGUAAAUAGGACAAUGAGCCUGGAUGAAUGUCGAGCUGCCUGUUUGAGGAAUUGUUCUUGCACUGGGUUUUCUAGUGCUGACAUACGCGGGAGUGGAAGUGGGUGCAUUAUUUGGUCCAUGGACCUAAUGGACAUUGCAUCGUUCUUGGAUGGUGGCCAAGAUUUCUAUUUACGUUUGGCUGCGGAAGACAUAGGUUUAAUAUCAAGUCAAUCUCAUAAGAGCGGUGAUGCAGCCUUAGCAGUAUGGUUAAGUGUAGUCUCGGGGGUAAUAUCCCUGCUUGUCAGUGUUGCUUGUUAUGCAUGGAGGAAGAUGAAAUGGACUAGAGGGAAUACUUUCAUUAACGGGGAAAACCUUGUGGAAAGUACUAAAGAAGAUGAUAUGGAGCUUCCGCUCUUUGAUUUGGUAGAAAUUGAGGUAGCAACAAACAAUUUCUCUCAUGAAAAUAAGCUUGGAGAAGGUGGAUUUGGUCCUGUCUACAAGGGAAAGAUGAGAGAGGGACAAGAAAUUGCUGUGAAGAGACUUUCCAAGACCUCAUUACAAGGUCUGGAUGAGCUGAAGACUGAGGUAAUGUUAGUGGCCAAGCUCCAACAUAGAAAUCUGGUGAGGCUUCUGGGAUGCUGUCUUGAAGGAGACGAGAGGAUAUUAAUAUAUGAAUUCAUGCCAAACAAAAGUUUAGAUACCUUUUUGUUUGAUGAAGAAAAAGUGGCAUUAUUGGCUUGGAGAAUGCGAUAUCAGAUCAUUUUAGGAAUUGCUAGAGGACUUCUCUAUCUUCACCAAGAUUCGAGAUUCAGAAUCAUCCAUAGGGACCUUAAAGCUGGAAACAUCCUUCUCGACAAAGAUAUGAUUCCCAAAAUAUCAGACUUUGGUUUGGCCAGACGUUUUGGAGAAGAUGAGACAAAAACACAGACAAGGAGAGUUGUCGGGACAUACGGUUACAUGCCUCCAGAGUAUGCAUUGAAUGGGAUCUUCUCAGUGAAAUCCGAUGUAUUCAGCUUUGGGGUUUUAGUGUUAGAAAUCAUUAGCGGAAGGAGAAAUAAAGGGGUAUAUCUCUCUGCGGCCGAGGAAUAUCUCUUAGGAAAAGCAUGGACAUUGUGGAAAGAAGGUAACGGCUUGCAACUAAUUGACGCGUCAUUGGAUGCCUCAGUUUUUAUGACUGAAAUUCUAAGAUGCAUGAAAGUGGGGCUUCUUUGUGUCCAAGAGCAACCGGAGGAUAGACCGAUCAUGUCAUCCGUUGUUUUGAUGUUAGGCAGUGAUCAUGCUUUUCUGCCAGAGCCUAAACAACCUGGUUUUAUGGCAAGGCUAUCUCCUACAGGAAGUUCGUCUCCAGUGAAGGAAAGCUCUAGUAUAAACGAUCUAACACUUACUAUAUCUUUAGAUAGAUAAUUGUUAGUGUGUUUGUUACAUGGUUCUGUUAGUGGGCGAUACACGUAAACCCUUUUAGUGGUUAAUUAUGGUAUGACUUUUAUUCCAAUUUUUCUUGUCUUGUAUCAUUAUGGUAUGCCAUUUAUUUCAAGGGGUGGAA